AUGAGUUCUCAGAAAUUAAUGUCGAGCAAAGGAGAGGAGAUACGAAGGUUCACCGAUUUCCAUGGCGAUGGAGGUGCUGCGGGAGACAGUAGUGUUGGGCACCGGUCUGGGCAAGCAAGCGGGCUCCGAUUUGGGCGAGCAGGCUGCUCACGCAAAGGGCUUCGCUCCAGAUCAGGCUGUUGUUCGCACGCUAGGGCUAUUUGCGCGUGGGGCUUUGCGAGGGAGGAGGACCAACUGUUGGGCGAGCCAGUUGUUCGCACCAAAGGACUGGGCACUAGUGUUGACGAGGCGAGGGAGGAGGCUGGUGCGCUAGACGCCUCUGGCCAGGCGUCCCAGGCAAACGGCCCAGGCCCUCGGCAUUGUGGUUGGGGUAACCCAGGUGCUCGCGAGGAGCUGAUGGCGCCAACAAUUCUAGUAACGUGGUAG